UUCCGUGGUUAGGAAUGUGGGCCGCCUACAACGUUAAUGUUCGUGAUUACUUGGCGCUCGCUGUCAUUCUGAAACGGUGUCUGAGUUUGGGAGCGACCAUGGCAAAGAGCAAAUUCGAAUACGUGCGGGACUUCGAGGCUGACGACACCUGCUUGCCCCAUUGCUGGGUGGUGGUGCGACUGGAUGGCAGGAAUUUCCAUCGGUUUGCUGAUAAGCACAACUUUGCAAAACCUAAUGACAGUCGUGCUCUCCGCCUGAUGACUAAAUGUGCCCAAACAGUAAUGGAAGAACUAGAGGAUAUUGUGAUUGCAUACGGACAGAGUGAUGAGUACAGUUUUGUGUUCAAGCGGAGGAGUAAUUGGUUUAAAAGAAGAUCCAGUAAGUUCAUGACUCAUGUGGCCUCCCAGUUCGCCUCCAGCUAUGUGUUUUAUUGGCGUGAUUACUUUGAGGACCAGCCUCUUCUGUAUCCUCCAGGCUUUGAUGGAAGAGUUGUGCUGUAUCCUACCAACCAGACCUUAAAGGACUAUCUCAGCUGGAGACAAGCAGAUUGUCACAUCAAUAAUCUUUAUAAUACAGUUUUCUGGGUACUUAUACAACAGUCUGGACUAACACCAGUACAAGCCCAAGAGAGGUUACAGGGAACCCUUGCGGCAGACAAGAAUGAGAUUUUAUUUUCUGAAUUCAACAUCAACUACAAUAAUGAGCCCCUGAUGUAUAGGAAAGGGACUGUUUUGAUAUGGCAAAAGGUGGGUGAAGUCAUGACAAAAGAAGUUAAACUGCCAGCAGAAAUGGAAGGAAAAAAGAAGGCAGUGACCCGCACCAGGACCACACCAGUGCCCUUCCAUUGUGAUAUCAUUGGGGAUGCUUUCUGGAAGGAACAUCCAGCGGUCCUUGAUGAAGAUAGCUGAUACUGUGCUUUUCUAUCUGGGUGUGCCUAACCCUGCAAGGCCCCCAAGUCUCCUUGCUUCCGGUGGCCUAGCAUCCCUGGCACCCAGGAGAGUACUGGGAGGGACAGGAUUUGCUUUGGGAGGGAAGAAAGGGUUGGAUGGGG